GGUUUGUUUGAAAACCACGUGAUGCCACCACUCUUACUCUGCAGAGAUGAUCAACCUUUCAUGAAACAUGUUGAGUUUUAAGUGUCAUUUGCAUUAUGAGUGAUUCGUGUCAUUUAAGGGAGGGGUACCCAAACCUUUCCUUGUAGGGGCCACAUAACUUUCUUCUUCUCUAAUGUGGGGCCAGCAGAGGUCAGUUUGCAGGCUAACAGAAAAGAGUUUCAAGUGUCAUUUUUGCAUCAAGAAAUUAGUGUUUUACGUCAUUUAGAGGAGGAGCUCCCGUUAUCUCGUUAUUUUCUUUAAAUGAAUAAGGUGUAAUGCACAGAAGAGACAGAACUUUUCUUUGGAACAGAUUUGAAUAAGUUUUGUUCAGACAGACAUCACGCUGAAGUUGUUGCGGUGCGCGGCGGGAUGGCUGCAAUGGAAAUGAUCUCCACGACAGACGUGAGGCGGCUCGUGUUACGCGCAGUGGCUGUGCGGUGGUGAUCCUGAAGGCUGGAGAAGCGCACGCUUCUCUCAUCACCGGAGAGCUGAGCGGCGGAGCGGGAGACGCAGGGAGGGAGAGGGCAGGAGGCAGUUGGCGCGCGUCACAGCUGGACAGCAGCAGCAGUUUGAGGGCGCUCAGCAGCGGCGGACACGGACGAAGGUGAUGUCGUGGAUUGUGGGAUUAGGUGGCAGGAUGUCAGCUGCUAAACUCCUCCUUCCUUUCCUCGUAUUAAAUUCAUUUUGUGAAGCCUCCAAUCAGCCGCCACGUUUCCUAAACUACUUCUUCUCAACCUACCUUCUGAUUUAUGAGGACACGCCCAUAGGUUCCUCUGUGGCGCAGCUUAAGGCAGUAGACCCCGAGGAGGAACCUCUGCUGUUCGGGGUCACUGGAGAAGAAUCCAUGAGGUUUUUUUCUGUGAAUCCGGACACUGGCGUGGUCUGGCUCCGGCAGCAGCUCGACCGUGAGACCAUGCAAGAGAUGCAGGUGGUGUUCUUCGUCAGUGACAAACAGGAGGUGGUCAAAGACACAGUAAACAUCCAGAUUGGAGAUGUGAAUGACAACGCACCGACCUUCCAUGGACAGCCUUACACCGUGCACAUCCCUGAGAACACACCGGUGGGCAAAUCAAUAUUUAUGGUGAAUGCCACAGAUCCUGACCAGGGAACCGGGGGCAGCGUACUAUUUUCUUUCCAGCCACCAUCUCCCUUUUUUGCGAUUGAUGGGGCCCGAGGCACAGUCACCGUCACCAGACCUCUGGACUAUGAGACAACCACCGCCUACCAGCUCACCGUCAACGCCACAGAUCAAGACAAAGUGAAACCGCUGUCCCGGCUCGCCAAUUUAGCCAUCUCCAUCACCGACGUGCAGGACAUGGACCCGAUCUUCACCAAUCUGCCCUACAACACCAACUUACAGGAGAACGUUCCCCUGGGCUAUGAAGUGCGGAAGAUAACGGCACAUGACCAGGAUCUGGGCCAACCACGGGGAAUCGGCUACACCAUCAUCUCAGGAAACACCAACAGCGUGUUUGCCCUGGACUACAUCAGUGGCUCCCUGACCGUGAAUGGCCAGCUGGACCGAGAAAACCCGCUCUAUUCGUCAGGAUUCACUCUCACAGUCAAGGCCACUGAACUGAAAGAAGAUCGCAGUCCGUCUGAUGCCACUGUGAGGACCACCUUCACCAUCCUCCUAAUAGACGUGAAUGACAACGCCCCAAAGUUCAACAGCUCAGAGUACCGGGUCCUCAUCACAGAACUGGCCCAGGUGGGCUUUGCUUUGCCACUCUUCAUCCAAGCAGAAGAUAAGGAUGAGGGGGUGAACAGCAUGUUCCAGGUGUUUCUGACAGGAAACAAUUCAGAGUACUUCACCAUCUCCCCCACAGCAGUACAAGGACGUGCCGACAUCAGAGUGAGGGUUGCCCUGCCCCUCGACUACGAACAGAUUCGCAGCUACAGCUUUUCACUUUUUGCCAACGAGUCAGUGUCUGAACACGUGGGAUUUGCUCGUGUUUUUAUCGAUCUCAUCAAUGAGAAUGAUAACCGGCCCAUCUUCAGCAAACCGCUGUACAACAUCAGCCUUCCCGAAAACACUCCCACCGGUACAACCCUGCUCCAAGUCCUGGCUACAGAUGGAGACAUGGGUUCGUUCGGGGUAGUUCGGUACUCCUUCACUGAUGAUCCAGACCAGUUUUCACUGGACUCUGUCACAGGCCUGGUCAUCCUGCAGGCUCCUCUUGACUAUGAGUUGAUGCGUCGUUUCACACUGACCGUGCUGGCGACAGACGGCGGCGGGGAGGAGACGGCGGGAAGGAUCCGUGUCAACGUGCUGGACAUUAACGAUAACGCGCCGCUCUUUCAGAAGGAGGCCUACGUGGGUUCGCUGAGUGAGAACCAGCAGACGGUCCAGUCAGUGGCCAGAAUCAGGGCGACGGAUGAAGACUCGCCCCCCAACAACCUGUUGACGUACACAAUCACCUCAGCAUCAGCCUUCCCCAGCUACUUCAGCAUCGUCAUGGUGGAAGGUUACGCAGUGAUCAGUGUGAUCAGGCCACUCGACUACGAGAAGGUUCCCAACGGGAUGAUCUACCUCACAGUGAUGGCCAAAGAUGGGGGGAACCCGGCUCUGAACAGCACUGUGUCUGUCACUGUGGAGGUGUUGGAUGAAAAUGACAACCCCCCUGAGUUCAGCAGGCAGUCUUACAUCAUCAAAAUCCCUGAGAACAUUAUUGCUGGAGCAACAGUGCUGGUUGUGAAUGCCACUGAUUUAGAUGCUUCGCGGGAGUUUGGCCAGGCCUCGCUCAUCUACUCCCUGGAGGGUUCCUCUCAGUUCCGUCUGAAUUCACGUUCAGGAGAAAUCACCACCACGGCCCUGCUGGACCGAGAGCAGAAGUCAGAGUACAUCUUGAUUGUCAGAGCUGUGGAUGGAGGAGUUGGUCCACAACAGAAGACCGGCAUUGCCACGGUGAACAUCACCAUCCUCGACAUCAAUGACAACGCUCCCAUGUGGCUGGAUGAGCCGUACAAUGCCAACGUGGUGGAGAUGAGUCCCAUAAACACUGACGUUAUCUCUGUUACAGCACUGGACCUCGAUAACGGUGAAAAUGGAACCGUUGUUUACAGCAUUAGUCCAGAAAAUCCUUUCUACACUAUCGACAACCGAACAGGGAAGAUCCGCACCAGCGGGGUCACUCUGGACAGGGAGAGCACGAACGUCAGAGACUCGGUUCUUAUGAGGAACAUCAUCAUUUCAGCUGUGGACCGUGGUUCACCUCCACUGCGAGCAUCUGCAAGCACAACAGUGUUUGUCAACCUGCUGGAUCUCAACGACAAUGACCCAACAUUUGUCAACUUGCCAUUUGUUGCUGAAUUAUCCGAAGGACUACCCAUUGGGACUUCCUUCUUUAGGGUCAGGGUGGAGGACCCGGAUGAGGGGAAGAAUGGUGAGAUUACGAUGGCUCUGCAGAUGGGAAUGCCUCGCCUUGAUUUCUUCCUGAACACGUCCAGUGGCGUGCUCACCUCCACGGCGGUCCUGGAUCGUGAGCAAAUUCAACAGUACUAUUUGAGGAUCAUCGCGUAUGAUGCAGGGAAGUUCCCUCGUACUUCUACUUCCACCCUCACUGUCCUAGUUCUGGAUGUAAAUGAUGAGACGCCCACCUUCAAUCCGCGCGUGUACAAUGUUUCCCUGAAGGAGAACAUCCCUAGAGAUUUCGUUGUUACACUCCUCAGCUGCUCUGACAACGAUACGGGUCUCAACGCCGAGCUUAGCUACUUCAUUACAGGUGGAAACCAGGAUGGUAAAUUCAGCGUGGGCUUCAGAGACGGUGUGGUUCGGACGGUGGUCAGUCUGGACAGAGAGGCCCAGGCAGCAUACAGUCUGGUAGUUGAAGCCAUUGACAACGGUCCGGCAGGCAGCAGGAGAACAGGAACUGCAACGGUAUUUGUUGAGGUUCUGGACGUCAACGACAAUAGACCAAUUUUUCUGCAAAACAGCUACGAGACCAGCAUCCUGGAAACUGUCCCCCAAGGAACCAGCAUCCUUCAAGUACAAGCCACUGAUGCAGACCAGGGAGAAAACGGCCGAGUUUUGUACAGAAUCCUCUCUGGAAACAGCAACAACCUGUUCAGCAUAGACAGACAGAGCGGACUAGUGACCAGAGGACAGAAGGCUCUUGACAGAGAAACCAGCAGCUCCCAUGUUCUGGAGGUGGAGGCCUACAACAGCGAUGAGGGGAGCAUGAGGAGCUCUGUGAGGGUGAUCAUCUACGUUGAUGACGCCAAUGACGAGUUUCCAGUUUUCACGCAGCAGCAGUACAACCGUCUGGGCCUGAGGGAGACUGCUGGCAUCGGCACUUCUGUGAUUGUGGUGCGCGCCACAGACCCCGACACUGGUGAUGGAGGAGCCGUCGCCUACCGCCUCAUAUCUGGCUCUGACCGCAAGUUUGAGGUGGAUGUGAGCACUGGUCUGGUUACGACUGUGGACUACUUAGACUAUGAGACCAAGACCACCUACAUGAUGAACGUCUCAGCCACAGACCAGGCCCCCCCGUUCCAUCAGAGCUUCUGCACGGUGUAUGUCACUUUACUGAACGAGCUGGACGAGGCCGUCGCCUUUUUAUCCGGCGGCUACGAGGCCUCGGUCCGGGAGAACAUUGCCACGGGGACGGAGGUCAUCCAGGUGCGGGCCCAAUCUGCAGACAACCUCAACCAGCUGACCUACCGCUUUGACCCUGACACCUCACCUGCAGCUCUGGCGCUCUUCAAGAUCGACAGCGUCACGGGCCGCAUCACAGUGACGGGUCUGCUGGACAGAGAAAAGGGCGACUUCUACACCCUGACGGUUGUCGCUGAUGACGGAGGGCCGAAAAAGGACUCCAAUGUGAAGGUGUCCAUCACCAUCCUGGAUGAAAACGACAACAGUCCAGAGUUUGACAUCACUUCAGAUACCUCCGUGAGCAUCCCAGAAGACACACCCCUGGGCAGAAAAGUGGCGGUCGUCCUGGGGAGGGACAGAGAUGCUGGUUUAAACGGACUGGUGAAUUUCACUCUGGUGGCUGGCAACAUGCAAGACGUCUUCAAGAUCAAGACGGUGAACAACACCUACGGAGAGGUCAUUCUCAACGCUCUUCUGGACAGAGAGUCUGUGGACCGAUACUUACUGAGGGUUCGUGCCACAGAUAAUGGUUCACCUCCCAGGUUCACAGACCACUCACUCACCAUCAACAUCCUGGAUGUCAAUGAUAAUGCUCCUGUCGUGGAGAGCCCGAGGGGCUACAACGUCAGUGUCAGUGAGAAUGUUGGAGGAGGGACCUCGGUUCUCCGUGUGGUGGCCACCGACAGGGACAUUGGCCCCAACGCCCUGCUUUCCUAUUACAUCACUGAUGGGAACCAGGACCUGACCUUCCGCAUGGACCGUAUGACUGGAGAGAUGGUGACGCGACCGGCUCCACCGGACCGGGAACGCCAGCAGCAGUAUGUUCUCACGGUCACGGUGGAGGAUGACGGCACGCCGCCUCUGUCGACGUCUACCACAGUUUACGUUCGCAUAGUGGAUGAGAAUGAUAACGCUCCGGAGUUCCCCGAGGAGGAGUAUGUCACAGUGCUGAGUGAGGGACCAGAGACAGUGGGGGCCACCAUUGCCACUGUGACUGCCGUGGACCCAGACGAAGGCUUGAAUGGCACCCUGCGAUACGCCAUCACUCAGGGCAACCUGAACCAGACUUUUAACAUCAACAGCAUCACGGGGAGAAUUACUGCUGUGAAGGCACUGGACUACGAGAUCAGCCAUGGGAACUAUGCACUCGUGGUUACAGCGACCGACCAGUGUCCAAAACCUGCUCUACGUCUGACGUCAAGCACAACAGUGUUGGUGAAUGUCUUAGAUGUGAACGACGUCACACCUACCUUCCCCAGAGCUUAUGAAGGCCCCUUUGAGGUGACUGAGGGCCAGCCGGGGCCCCGCGUGUGGACUCUCAAAGCCAGCGAUGAAGACUCUGGUCUCAAUGGAAAAGUGGAGUACAGCAUCACUGGAGGAGAUCUUCAGAAUGAAUUCACGAUCUCUCCUGUGGACGGAGAGCUUCGGGUGAGGAAGGACGUGGAAUUGGACAGAGAGGCCAUCGCUUUCUACAACAUCACGGUCACAGCACGAGAUCUGGGAAAACCGCCCCUCAACAGUUCAGUGGUGGUUGGCGUCCUUGUCCUAGACAUCAAUGAUAAUGACCCAGUCAUUCUUAACCUGCCAUACAACACCAGCGUCAGUGAGGGCGCCCCUAUCUACACCUCUGUGGGCAGAGUGCAGGCCCGGGAUGCAGACAGCGGGCGCAAUGCCCUGCUCACCUAUAACAUCACUGCUGGAAACCCCGGAGGAGCCUUCUACAUCAACGACACGACGGGUGUGGUGAGCGUCAACAGACCUCUGGACAGAGAGCGAGUAGCAGAAUACACGCUCACCAUCACGGUGAAGGACAACCCUGAGAACCCCCGCAUCGCUCGCCGGGACUCAGACUUCUUGGUCAUCACCAUUUUGGAUGAGAAUGACAACAGGCCCAUAUUCACCAUGACGAACUACAGAGCUGAAGUGGUAGAAAACUCUGCAGCAGGCACCACUGUAACAGUCCUGAACGGUCCUGUUCUGGCCCUGGAUAACGACAUUGGGCCUUACGCUGUGGUAAAGUAUCGCUUACUGGGACAGAGGGUGGACCUCUUUACUGUGGACCCAAACACGGGGAUUUUACUUGUACGUCAGGGAGCAAAGUUGGAUCGAGAGGCAUUUCAGGAUCCACGGGUGGAGCUGAUUCUGGUUGGAGAGGACAUUGGAGGUUUGAACAGCAGUGUCCCUCUCACCAUUACAAUCCUGGACCAGAAUGACAAUCCUCCAGUCUUCAGCCCUUCCAGUUUCAGCGUGCGGCUUCCUGAAAACAGCCCGACUGGUGUGGUGGUGACUCAGUUGUCUGCCACUGAUGCUGACUCUGGCUCCAAUGGCUGGCUCAUGUAUCGGUUGGAAAGCGGCGCUCAGGACCGCUUUGUGGUUGACUCGCUGUCCGGUGCAGUGCUGGUAGGCAACACCACACUGGACAGAGAAGAGCGUGCAUCCUAUCGUCUUGUGGUCAUGGCAACCGACCGUGGCACACCCCCUCUGUCGGGCACAGCCACGCUGACAGUCAUCUUGGACGACGUUAACGACUCGAGGCCUCGUUUCAUAGAGCCUGUAACCAUGAUCAAUGUGAAUGAGUCCACCCCGCCUGGGGUUGUGGUUGCUACGCUUACUGCAGAGGACCCGGAUCUGAAUCCACGGCUGGAGUACUACAUCAUCUCAGUGGAGGCAAAGGACGAUGGAAAUAAGCCAGUGAAUGGGCUGCAGCAGUCCUUUGGGAUUGAUUUACACACAGGUGCAGUUUUUGUGCGUAACCCUAUCAACAGAGAGCUGGUGGCCACGUUUGAUAUCAUUGUGUCCGUUCAUGACAACGCCAGCGAUGUCAUAGAUAAGUCAACCAGUGUUCCUAAUGCGAGGCUCACCAUCAACGUGUUGGACGUAAAUGACAACGCCCCCCGUUUUCGGCCCUUUGGAGUGUCCAACUUCACAGAGCAGAUUUUAGAGGGGGCCCAGCCAGGAACCACACUGCUGUCUGUGUCCGCUGUAGACCCUGACAAAGGUCCCAAUGGCCAGGUCACCUACCAGCUCCUCCACCUGCCGCGAGGAGAAUACGUCAGACUGGAGGACCCUUCAAUAGGAAAGAUUGUAGCCAACAAGACGGUGGACUUCGAGCAAGUGCAGUGGUUGAAUUUCACUAUACAAGCUCAGGACCAAGGUUCCCCCCCCAGAAGUGUUGAGCUGCCGGUUUAUCUGCGAAUAGUGGACGUCAAUGACAACAACCCUGUGUUUUUACAACCCUCCUACCAGGAGCCUGUGUUUGAAAAUGUGGACCUGGGUACCACCAUCAUUCGUGUCAGAGCUACAGAUGCUGACUCUGGCCUCUUUGCUGCUAUUGAGUACAGCCUGGUCGAUGGGGAGGGCAAGUUUGCCAUUAGCCCAACUACAGGAGAGAUCUACAUCAUUUCUCCUCUGGACAGAGAGACGAAAGACCACUACACUUUAACUGCUGUUGCUCGAGACAACCCCGGUGGAAGCUCCAACAACAGACGAGAAAACUCUGUCCAGGUCUUGGUGACGGUUUUGGAUGUCAACGAUUAUCGUCCGCGCUUCACAAAGCGACUUUACAACGUCAGCGUGUUUGAGAACGAGCCCAGUGGGACGUCGGUGGUCACGGUCACGGCGGUUGAUCUGGAUGAGGGGGAGAACGCUGCUGUGCUCUACAGCAUGCUUGGAUCCCGUUUAGACGCCUUCUCCUUGGAUCCAAACACCGGACUGAUCCGUUCUCGGCGUCUACUUCAGUCUACGGAAAGUUUCAACUUCACAGUGGUGGCGACAGAUCAGGGUCGCCCCCCCAUGUGGGGCACGGCCAACCUGAUCAUCACCGUUAUCGACGUCAAUGACAACAGGCCUGUGUUUGUUAGGCCCGUCAAUGGAACCAUCAUUCACAUCUAUGAGGAGCAGCCUCCGGGCGUUUUAGUGUACGAGGUCUAUGCAACAGACUCUGAUGCGGGAGUGAACGGAGAGGUCCGCUAUGCCUUUUUGCAGACAGGAGACUGGGAGAACUUCCACAUCGAUCCCCUGUCCGGAGUCAUCACCACCACAGUGAAACUGGACCGAGAGAAACAGGCUCUCUACAGCCUUAUCAUUGUGGCCCAUGACUUGGGUCAGCCGGUGCCUUAUGAGACCACACAGCCUCUGCAGGUGGCGCUGUUGGACAUAGAUGACAAUGAACCUGUCUUCCUUAAACCACCUCGUGGCAGCUUGCCUUACCAAGUUCUGUCAGUGCCUGAGCAGUCCCCCCCUGGCACCAGAGUGGGAAAUGUAACCAGGGCCGUGGACGCCGAUGAAGGCUCCAACGCCAUCGUCUUCUAUUUCAUUGCAGGAGGAAACAGUGAAGGAAACUUUGCCCUGAGUCUAGAAGGAGAGCUGAGGGUGCUAAAGGAACUGGACCGAGAGGUGACGCCAUUUUACUCCAUCAUCAUCAAGGCCUCCAGCAACAGGAGCUGGACCCCUCCCAAGGGUCAGAGGUCGUCCGGUACCAAAGCCUUGGAUCCCGCUCUUGAUCCAAGUCUGCUGGCAGUCCGAAUCGAGCUGGAAGACAUCAACGACCAGACACCUCGCUUCACUAAAGCAGAAUACACAGCAGGAGUUGCAGCAAACGCCAAAGUGGGCUCUGAGCUGAUCAAAGUUCUGGCCAUAGACAACGACAUUGGGAACAACAGCGUAGUCCUUUAUCACAUCAUCACCAUCCAUUACUUCCAGUCCCAGAGCAACGGCAGUGAGGACGUUGGAAGUGUCUUCACUAUUGGUUUGACAGACGGGCUCAUCCGCACGUACGACCUCUUCACUGCCUAUAAUCCUGGUUAUUUUCAGCUCGAGAUUUUAGCUCGGGACUACGCUGGGCACAGCACCACCGCCAAUGUCAACAUCUACAUCCUCCGGGACGACCAGCGCCUCAAGAUCGUCUUUAAUGAGAUUCCUGAUUUUGUCCGUGAGAAUAAAGAAGAUUUCAUAAAUCUUCUGUCAAACAUCACCGGCUCCAUCGUGAACCUCGAUGACAUACAGUUCCACGUAGACAAGAAAGGCAGAGUGAGCUACAGCCAGACGGACAUGCUCAUCCACGUGGUGAACAAUCAGACCAACACCAUCCUGGACGUUGAAAGAGUAAUCCAGAUGAUUGAUGAGAACAAGGAGCAGCUGAGAAACCUGUUCCGAACGUACAACGUUGUGGACGUUCAGCCUGCGGUUGGUGACAAAGUGCCUGAUGACAUUUCCACACUGCAGCUUGUUAUCAUCAUCCUGGCGGUGCUGCUGUGUUUGGCUGGAAUUCUGUUUGUAACGAUGAACUGGCAUUAUCGCAGAGUACACCAAAGAAAGCUGAAAGCGAUCGUUGCAGGAUCAACAGGAAACCAGGGUCUGAUGGACAUCCUCGACAUGCCCAACACUAACAAGUACUCCUUUGAGGGGGCGAAUCCGGUGUGGCUCGACCCAUUCUGUCGCAACCUGGAGCUGGCCGUUCAAGCUGACCACGAGGACGACCUGCCAGAGAACCUGAGCGAGAUCACCGACCUGUGGAACAGCCCUGCGCGCACUCAUGGCACCUUCGGUCGAGAGCCCCAGGCGAGGCCAGAGGAUGACCGCUACUUGAGAGCCGCCAUUCAGGAGUAUGAUAACAUUGCUAAACUGGGUCAGAUUAUGAGGGAGGGACCCAUAAAGGGUUCCCUGUUGAAAGUGGUCCUGGACGACUACCUGAGGCUGAAAAAGCUCUUUGCAGCGCGGCUGGUCACAGCUUCCACAGACCAGGGAGAUCACUCAUCCGUCACCGAGCUGAUCCAGAGUGAUUUGGAUGAAGAUGAGGACGAGCAUUUGGGCGUGGGCGGAGGUCAUGGCACGUUGCGAUUCAAGCACAAACUUCCUGUGGAACUGAAAGGCCCCGAGGGCGUGCAUGUGGUCCACGGCAGCACAGGCACCCUCCUGACCUCUGACCUCAACAGCCUGCCAGAGGACGACCAACGGGCCCUAGCACGCUCACUGGAGGCUCUGAAUGCAGACGGAGGCUUGUACUCAGAGCGCAACGCCCGCACUGAGUCUGCAAAGUCCACGCCGAUGCAUCGCCAGAAAGAUGGCGACACGCUGUCAGGAAGCCCCCUAGAAAUCACAGAGUUAUGACUAGCCGAGGCCUCGCUGGUCUGAGCGCCAGAGUGACUGGUGUGUGUCCUUCACACCUCCGCCUGAUGAUGCUGGGGAGGACAGGAGGAGUGUGUGUAGUCUAGGGUAACUCGCUAGCGCAUGGGUGCAGCGUCCUGCUCCAGGAAGAUCAUCAUUUACAACUUUUAAGAGCAGUUCAGACACCUGAGUAAUGGAAAAAACCACUGCAGGUCUUCAUGCAGACUCAUGUCAGCUGAGUGGAACACGGGACUUUCCUUAAAGUUGUUCCUGGACUGCAAACACUCAAGGAAGGAAAAACACACACUAAAAAAAGAAUUUAAAGACACACUCUGACCAGCGGAUGGCCGACAACAAGACGGAACGUGUCUUUCUGCAUGAAGGUGCAGUCAGUGUUUGGAUGGGAAGAACUUCCACAUUUUGUUGUCUGGAACUUGUUGGUAAACUUUAGUUAAGACAUGAGAACUGCGAUUCCCUCCAACCAUCACAAUAAAGGAAGCGUGGUGCUGCCAUUGUACUUGUGUGGUGAAUGAGUUCUUAAUGAAGGAAACAGAAAUAAAUCCUGUGUUCUGCAAGGACAAUUGUACUCAUUGAGACUUUAUCCAGGACCCUGAAGAUGACAGAGAUGUCCAAACAUGAGAAAAGGAAAAAAAGUGACAUGUAUGUUUGUUUGCUUUCAAAAGAAGAGAUUAAAGUGGGGAAAAAAAGGUUUAAUAGGAAUAGAUGGCAACAAGCCCACAGACUUUACACUGCCAUGUGGAGGAGUAAAAGUCAUGCUCAAAAUGAGCAACUUGAUUUAUUUUAUACCAAAAAAUAAGAUUCAAGAUAUUUUUGAACAAAAGGUUGACUUAUGAAAACAGUCAAUAAUGUUGGAUGUUUGAGGUAUUUUGUGCUCCGGUCGACAUGUCAGUGUUUCCUUUUUCUGACAGUUUCUAUUGAGUGUUGGGAAAGUUUAAUUUUUUAUUCUCAUUUUGUACGUUUUUAUUUGUGGUUAUUGUCACCAGCCUGACCUGAGAUCUGUGUUUGGAAAUGUUGUGGGAUGAUAUGUGAUAAUAAAAGAAAUAUGCAACA